AUGAUACUGCUGCUGCUGCUGCUGCUGCUGCUACUCGUGCGUGUUUCUCUCCUGCUGCAGCCGACCAAACGAGGAAGGUCAAGGGAACAUGUUGUGGUAGUGGCGUGGCGCGGAACCUACUCCGACGUUGCACACAAUGCAUCUCAUCUCCAUCCGGCACGCCCGAUUAAUACGACGUCGCAUGUAUUAGAAGAUGACGACGGUGGUGGUGAUGCUGCUGCUGCUGCUGCUGCUGCUGCUGCUGCUGCUGCUGCUGAUGAUGAUGAUGAUGAUGAUGAUGAUGAUAGUCAUGGUGAUUAUGAUAAUAGCACUGAGCGUCUAGGCCCCGUCGACGUUGGCUAUCAAAGUACUUCCAUGCCAAUGGCCCCCAUGUCCAAUACGGCAAGGAUAGUUGGAGUCGGGCUUCUAGUGGAGGAAGAAUGCACAGUCGGGGGUGGAAAAGCAGGGUAG